AUGGGGGUCGAAAAGGAUGUUGGUGUGACUGGCACACACCCGCCAGAUUACGCAGAUGGAUCUCGCAGGAAAUCAACAGAGAUGAUUAUGAACGACGAUCCAGAGCGAGAGGCUGACUUCAUGACCCGAAACGGCCUCAACUUGAAGAGCUUUCAGCGACGUGAAGGUAAUGCCCAGGGUGUAGUCGACCUCGACCGCUCUAUGAAGGCUCGCCAUUUGAACAUGAUUGCUAUCGGUGGCUCUAUCGGAGCUGGUUUCUUCGUCGGUUCUGGUUCCGCAUUUACACGAGGUGGUCCUGGUUCGGUUCUUAUCUGCUUCUCCGUUAUGGGUGUGAUGAUAUUCAACGUUGUCUAUGCCCUUGGUGAACUUGCCGUCAUGUAUCCUGUCUCUGGUGGUUUCUAUACGUACUCGAUGCGAUUCAUCGACCCCUCCUGGGGUUUCGCAAUGGGCUGGAACUAUGUCUUUCAAUGGCUGAUUGUGCUACCACUGGAGUUAACUGUCUGCUCGUUUACUGUGGGCUACUGGAAUGACACUGUUUCAGUAGCAGUAUGGAUAACGAUAUUCUGGCUCUUCAUCAUUUUCAUGAACAUCUUCGGCACUCUCGGUUACGCAGAGGAAGAAUUUUGGGCCUCGACAUUCAAGCUUAUUGCAACCGUUCUUUUCAUGAUUAUUGCAGUCGUCCUGAUCUGUGGUGGUGGUCCCUCCAGAGGUAUCUACAGUGAGUAUUGGGGUGCCCGUCUUUGGUAUGACCCGGGCGCUUUUCAGAACGGCUUCCGAGGCUUUUGCUCUGUGUUCGUCACGGCUGCGUUCGCUUUCUCUGGAACCGAGUUGGUUGGUCUUGCUGCUGCUGAGUCUGCAAACCCUGCAAAGAACCUACCAAGUGCCAUCAAGCAAGUCUUUUGGCGUAUCACACUUUUCUACGUCCUUGGUCUUACCUUGGUUGGUCUGCUGGUCAGCUCCACCGACGAGCGUCUGCUCAACGCCUCGAACCCAUACAGUGAGGGAACCUCACCAUUCGUGCUUGCUGGACGCGAUGCUGGCUUGACCGGAUUCGACAGUUUCAUGAACGUUGUCAUUCUCGUCUCUGUCGUUUCGAUCGGAAUGUCCUGUGUCUAUGGCGGCUCGCGAACCCUCACUGCUCUUUGCCAGCAAGGCUACGGUCCCAAGAUCUUCACCUACAUUGACAGAUCCGGCCGACCACUUCCAUCUGUCGUUCUCAACCUGGCCUUCGGUGCACUAGCCUACGUCGUCCUGGCCUCCUCUGGCAGUGUUGUUUUCGACUGGCUUCUCGCCACUUCAGGUCUCGCCGCCCUUUUCACAUGGGGAUCGAUCUGUUUCGCACACAUCCGCUUCCGACAAGCAUGGUCUCGACAAGGUCGAUCUCUGGACGAGAUUCCUUUCAAGCACAUCUUUGGUGUUGCCGGCUCUUGGGUCGGUCUCGCUCUAGUAAUCAUCGCACUGGUAGCUCAGUUCUACAGUGCCAUCGCUCCACCUUUCGUGGACGGUCUGUCCGAUGCUGAGGGCUUCUUCAAAUCUUAUCUGGCUUUGCCCGUUGUUAUACUUUUCUGGAUUAUUGGGUACGCCUGGAAGAGGCAAAGUUUCCUCAAGCUCGAUCAGAUCGACCUCGAUGUAGGUCGACGACAGCAUGAUUGGGAUCAGAUUCACGCUGAGCGAAGGAGGGUUGCAGCUUUGCCAACCUGGAGAAGAGCACUGCACCAUACCUUCUAG